AUGGCGAGUAGUCGUGCGGGUGGUAGUGGCGGAGGCGCUAGUGAUAGUGAUGGCUUUAGCGAUGAUGAAUUGGAUCUCGCUGUGCAAGCGGCGAUUGAUCGACGGAUCCGGCAGAGGCAGCAGGCGGCGGCGGCCGUGCCUCGGCCAAUCCAUCGCCGACGGCAUGUACCCCGGGACCACAUUGCUGCACAUCAGCGGUUGUAUGAGGACUACUUUGCUCCAGAGCCGCGUUUUGGGGAUGCCUUAUUCCGCCGACGUUUUCGAAUGCAUCGUCCUCUGUUUAUGCAUAUCGUUGGUGCAUUAGAGAGGAGGUACGAGUUUUUCAGGAUCAGGGAGGAUGCGGCUGGCAAACCCGGACACACGCCAAUACAGAAGUGUACGGCCGCAAUCAGGCAACUGGCGUACGGAGGGCCGACCGACAUGUUCGACGAGUACCUCCACAUUGGGGAAUCUUCCGCCAUCCAGUGUCUGUUGGAGUUUUGCGCGGGCGUUAGAGCGAUAUUCGGGGAUCGCUGGCCCGUCUUUGUGAAGUCGAUCAAGCAUCCGGUCGGGCCAAAGAAGAGCUACUUUGCGACCCGGCAAGAGGCAACGCGCAAGGAUGUUGAGCGCGCAUUUGGUACGCUCCAGAAUCGAUGGGCGAUGGUGAGGGGUCCGGCACGGCAGUGGUAUAUCCCCAACAUCGGCGACAUCAUGUACGCGUGUAUCAUUCUGCACAACAUGAUUGUCGAAAGUGAAGGGGACGAAUUGACUCAGUGGAACAGCGAAGAUGACACGGGUGCCGGACCCAGCCACGGCGUGGCCACCGCGAAUGUGAACAUGGGUGUACCUCGUGGAGAGGUUGAGCGGUUGCGCGCAUUUACCGACAUGCGGCAAAGAAAUGCCCAUAUUCGACUUCAGGAGGAUAUCAUCGAAGAGGUUUGGACGCGGAGGGGUGGACACUGA